AUGAGAGUCAGAAAGCGUCAAUCCAGAAGAACAUCUACCAAAUUGAAGGAAGGCAUUAAGAAGAAGGCCUCUGCCCAUAGAAAAAAGGAAAAGAAGAUGGCAAAGAAAGAUAUUACUUGGAAAUCGAGGGCUAAGAAAGAUCCUGGUAUCCCUUCUAACUUUCCUUAUAAGGCUAAGAUUCUAGAAGAAAUAGAAGCGAAGAAAAUGAAGGAUUUGGAGGAAAGAGAGCUUGCCAAACAGCAACGAUUGGAAGCUAGGAAAGCUGCCAAAGAACAAGGUGUUGAUGCAAUGGACGAAGACGUUGUGGAUGAAGAUGAAAAUGGACUAGCAGCGUUGGUUGAAUCAGCUCAGCAAGCUGCUGCUGAAUAUGAGGGUACAUCCUCUAAUAAUGUAGAUGCUGGUAAUGACGAGCUAGAUGUUAUUGAUUAUGAUAUUGAUUUCUACGGCGAUGAUGUGGAAGGGGAAUCAGAACUAGAAAAAUCCAGGAAGGCUUACGACAAAAUUUUCAAAUCUGUUGUUGAUGCUUCUGAUGUUAUCCUCUAUGUUUUGGACGCUAGAGAUCCAGAAGGUACCAGAUCAAGAAGAGUUGAAGAAGCUAUCUUACAAAGUCAAGGUAGAAGACUAAUUCUAAUAUUGAAUAAAGUUGAUUUAAUUCCUCCAUAUGUAUUAGAACAAUGGUUGAAUUACUUGAAGUCCAGUUUCCCUACAAUUCCUUUAAGAGCAUCUUCUGGUGCAGUUAACGGAACUUCUUUCAACAAAAAAUUAAGCCAAACUACUACUGCAAGCGCAUUACUAGAGUCUUUAAAAACCUAUUCCAACAACAGUAACUUGAAAAGAUCUAUUGUAGUAGGUGUUAUUGGUUAUCCAAAUGUCGGUAAAUCUUCUGUAAUUAACGCACUUUUAGCUCGCCGCGGUGGCCAGUCUAAGGCUUGUCCAGUCGGUAAUGAAGCUGGUGUUACCACUUCUUUAAGAGAAAUCAAAAUUGACAAUAAAUUGAAGAUUUUAGAUUCGCCUGGUAUAUGUUUCCCAAGUGAGAAUAAGAAAAGGUCGAAGGUUGAACACGAAGCUGAAUUGGCUCUUCUAAACGCCCUACCGGCAAAACACAUUGUUGAUCCAUAUCCAGCUGUCUUGACGUUAGUAAAGAGACUAGCUAAAUCUGAUGAAAUGACAGAGAGUUUUAAAAAACUUUAUGAAAUUCCUCCUAUUCCCGCUAAUGAUGCUGAUACCUUCACAAAACAUUUCUUGAUUCACGUCGCUCGUAAAAGAGGUAGAUUAGGGAAGGGCGGUAUUCCAAACCUUGCCAGUGCCGGACUUUCUGUCUUAAAUGACUGGAGGGACGGUAAGAUUCUUGGUUGGGUUUUACCAAAUGCAUCGAUAGCUGCAUCUCAACAAGAUAAACAAAAUUUAAGCACCAUAAGCACCGGUACCAAACAAGCUCCAACUCCAACAAAUGAGUCCACCAUUGUAUCCGAAUGGUCCAAAGAAUUUGAUUUAGAUGGAUUGUUUAGCUCUCUUGAUAAAGCUAUAGAUGCAAGCAAAGACCAAGAUGCAAUGAUGGAAUAA